AUGCGAAAACAUAUCACACCACUGGAAAACACAGGUCCUUCAUCCAUAGACGAUCAUGUACAGGACAAAAUAAGGAGAAAUUUGAGUAAAGAAUUAUCAAGAGUUGUGAAAAAGAUACAGCAUGAUCACAUAAGUUCUGACUCAGCCAUACGAAGUGGAGACGCUGCUAAUGCUGUCUGUCACGUGAUUGAAGCUAUCUUUCUUCAUGGACUUAAAGAGUCCUUUUCUAAUAAGUUGUCAAGUUAUUUUGGCUCUGGCAACACAGGAAGAGCUCCUCAACCGAGUUUCUGGCAGUUUUUGUUGAGUUUUACUCACAAAGAUGUGGUUAAACAGUUGAGCCAUCUUGCUCACAUUACAACAGAGGUUGGACAGUGCAGGGCUUGGAUUCGGUUGGCGCUAAACGAUGGCUUGAUAGAGAGCUACUUAGCUGCUAUGCUGCUGGACAAAAAGAAACUACAACAAUAUUACCAUGGAUACAGUUUCCUUAGAGACUCAGAACAACCACACAUCAUGAAAAACUAUUUGCAAGGUAUGGGGGAUUUUGUCUUCCAACUUUCAUAUAACUCAUCUGUUCUCAAUCAGUGGGGAUUUACUCCACUCAAGUUAGCUGGUUUAGAAGACAUUGAAGAAACCCCACUGGCUUUUGUAUCUAUUGGUGCUACCCCCACUGAUGAAGCAGACUCUCUGUCAUCAAUCUCAAAUCCAGUAUCAAUCAUACCAGUCAAAACAGCCCAUGGAAAGAAAACAAAAAAUAAAACCAGAACAAUGGAAGCUGCUAAUUUGACACAAGAUGAGUCUGGAAGUCCAUCCACCGGAGAUUUCAACUACAGAGAAUGUGAAAUGAGCAGUAGUCUUCUAGCAACCCCUCCAGACCAUGACAUCAUCUUAACACAUAGUCCACAAAGAGGCAGAGAGGACUUGAAGAGAAAGUUGUUGAAAGAGAAUAAGGAAAUAGAACAGAGAAAUGCUGAUGAUGCCAAUUUGGAGAUGGAGGCGAACAAAUCAGAUGAAGACAAAGACAGAGCGCAGGAAGCGAAAUUUACAGAAGCUCCCCGUCAUCUUGGAAUGUCUAGGGUUUUCACACCAGCAAAAUCCAAAGCUUUACCACAGGUGAAUGAUGCAGUGGCUGAAGUGACUGUCGCAGCAAACCGACAGGAUGCUGAUGUUGCAACACAGGGGUACGUGGAAUGUCAAAACAAUCACCGAGAAGAGUAUAUCGAGACUGGUGUUGCUGUUGGCGAAGAUGAUGAACUGACAGCUUCUGUGGGUAACAGUCUCAUUGCAAGAAGUGGCUGGUCAUCAACGUUCGAGAAGCAACUAACCCCGGAUACCGAGAUUCGAUCACCUAUAAGAGAAAGAGGUGAAAGUUUUGGGAGUUUACUGCAGAACUAUGCACCAGCAAGUCGACAGAGACCUUCUCCUACCAUGGCAGAAUUGUUAGAUCAGUUACCAGAGAAAGAAAUAGUAAAGGAGCAGGCUGGAAAUGAGAAACCAGAAGACAAGAAUAGAGUGUCAAUAGGCGGUGAUUUUGAAGUCGUUCCUCUAUCCCAGUCUUUAGCUUCUAUAAGCACAGAUCCUAGAACACAUGCCUUGAUGGCAAUCUUAACAGAGAUUUCAAAUGAAAAAGGAUUAGAUUCUCAGAAUUACCAAUGCAAAGGGUGCUCCAGACCAAUUGGAAUCAUUUAUGGUAGAGCUAAAGUAUGCAGUUAUGAUGGAUGUUAUUAUUGCUAUGAAUGCCAUACUGAUGAUGAAGCUAUCAUACCAUCAAGAAUUAUACACAAUUGGGAUUUUAAUAAACAUAAAGUGGCCAAGUUAACCAAGUUAUUUCUACAUCAAAUUGAAGAUGAACCAUUGAUUAAUAUUAAACAAUGCAAUUAUGCUAUCUACAAUUUUAUUAAUGAUCUUAAUGAUGUUAAGCAAGUUCGAUCACAACUGACUUAUCUGAAAGCAUAUUUAUUUACAUGUAAACAGUCUGUGGCUGAGGAAUUACGGCGACGGGUAUGGCCUAAGGAGUACAUGUUAGAUAAUGUCCAUCUCUAUUCAGUUACAGAUCUUAUACAAGUACAAAGUGGUCAGUUACUACCGCAUCUCAAGAAAAUCAUCAAUUUUGCUGCUAAACAUGUUAAAAACUGUUCCCUAUGCAGUCAGAAAGGAUUCAUAUGUGAAAUCUGUGAUAGUCCUAAAAUUAUCUAUCCUUUCGACUUAGAGCUCACUGUCAGGUGUGAUAGAUGUAAAACGGUUUUCCACAAGACCUGUAAAACAGAAUUGGUAUCCUGUCCAAAGUGUGACAGACGAAGGCUACGCCAUGUCUCUGGCAACCGACAAACUACACAAGUUGAUUUUGCAUCGCCAUGGAGUUGA